AUGUCGAAGGGCUAUUACAAUGACUGGGUUAAAUUAUUCGAAUUAGCUUUUGACUUCGGGAUGGUAUGCUGUGGUGUAGAAGAGGUUGGUGCCGGCUCGUUUGAAAAUUGCGGCCCCGAGGUCCUACACAAGUUUUGGGCCUCUAUUGGAAGCCCUCUUCGCAAAGUGUUCCUCGUUCUAGUCGGCGCGGGUACUUCAGCCGUUGGGUCAAUGGCCGUUGGUAAGCUGGUCGUUUGGGAGCUGCCUGUGGGUGAGUUGGCCGCUGGGGACCUGACCGCUGGCAUGUUCGCCGUUGACCUGUCUUAG